UCUAUGGUUGCGAAUGCCUAGAUAGCGUGGAUGCGAGCAAACCAGCCCAAAACCAAAACUGUUCCCACUCUCUCAACUGUGCUAAUACCAACAAAAAUCCCUCUCAAAAACUGUGAACAUUUUAGUAGGGGACGAAGGUGAAAGAAGAAUUAAGGCAUGUUCAUUGGCUUCUUCUUCUGUCUAGCGGCAGAUUUUAGUCACUCUUAGACUGAGAAAGAGAGAUAUUCCUUUCUUGCUGAGGAGGAUGGGUGGGGUUACUUCUUCCAUGGCUGCUAAGUUGGCUUUCUUUCCUCCGAGUCCGCCGUCCUACAAGCUGGUUAAGGAAGAAGCUACCGGCCUCUUGCUCUUGGACCCCUUUCCCCACCGCGAGAACGUUGAAAUUCUGAAAUUGCCCACCCGUCGGGGCAAUGAGAUCGUCGCAAUGUAUGUCCGCCAUCCCCUGGCCAAAUCCACCAUUCUCUACUCUCACGGGAAUGCCGCCGAUAUCGGGCAGAUGUACGAGCUCUUCGUCGAGCUGAGCAUCCAUUUGCGCGUCAAUCUCAUGGGAUACGACUACUCUGGCUAUGGACAAUCUUCAGGAAAGCCAAGUGAGCAUAAUACAUAUGCUGACAUUGAAGCUGCAUACAAGUGUCUGGAAGAGAACUAUGGUGCCAAGCAGGAAAACAUAAUCCUUUAUGGUCAAUCAGUUGGAAGUGGCCCUACCUCAGAUCUUGCUGCCCGUUUACCCCACCUGAGGGCUGUUGUUCUCCACAGUCCAAUACUAUCAGGGUUGAGAGUCAUGUACCCUGUAAAGCGCACAUACUGGUUUGACAUUUAUAAGAACAUUGAUAAAAUUCCGCUGGUGAAGUGUCCUGUGCUAAUAAUUCAUGGGACUGCUGAUGAGGUUGUUGACUGCUCUCAUGGAAAGCAGCUGUGGGAGCUAUGUCAAGAGAAGUACGAACCUUUAUGGCUCAAAGGAGGAAGCCACUGUAAUUUGGAACUCUAUCCAGAAUACCUUAGACAUCUCAGAAAAUUUGUGUCAACAGUAGAAAAACCUCCAUCUCAGAGACCAAACUUAUGGAGAGGCAAGGAUAGAGUUGACCAACCAAGAAGAAGUACUGAUUGCUUUGAAGCUCCAAGGAAGAGUACAGACCAGAGGGACAAACCAAGGAAAAGCACUGAUAGGACAGAAAAACUGAAACAUCAUGAACAUAAAUUUAACAGUGGCGAAAAAUUUGACAAGGUAAGGAUGUCUUUUGACCAGUCGGAGAGGUCUAGGAAAAAUGUGGAGCACCAUGACAAGUCCAGGAGAAGCAUUGAUGUCCAGUUCGAGAGGGCUUGGAAGAGCAUUGAUUGGCGGGAAAGAAUUCGAGCUGGUUGAACGUCCUAUAGCAAUGGAAGAUUGUUGCUGAGGUUUAUACAUUGGAGGGGGAAGGUGUGAAAGAUACAUAUACAGUUACUUACAUUGGGGGGGUUUAACUUAUGGUUUGCAGGAUUUGUGUAUGUUGUUGCAGCUACAUUUUAAUGUUCAUGUAGAUUUGAUAUGUUGGAAGUCGUCAUCUUAGUUUUUUCCCCAAUUCAAGUGACUCUAACGUUAUUUUAUUUGAAGAAAGAAAAUGAAGUUCCUGAUACAAGGUGAUUAUUAAUGCUUUUUA